AUGCAUUUCCUAAAGACUAUUUCAAUUCUCGCCGCUGGCCUAGUAGCAGUCGCCACUGCCUCUCCGCUCGCUCAGAGGGACAACCCCAACGACGGUAGCUACUGCGAGAGCUUUAGUGUGGGGAGAGGCACUAAUGCAUUCCAUCGACUGAACGGAUUCUUUGGGGCGUUAUGCAGCGGGCCUGGAAGGGAGCGUCACCCGACGGAUGUCAAACUUGACCAAUUUAUCACUCUUGGCAGUGAUUCCAAGAUGUAUUGGAAAUACUUGCCACAAGGCACUACAUUUACGGGGUAUUGUUCCGAUUGUAGUAUCGGGGGCGACUGGAAUCUUAAGUGUAGAUGCUCCACUAGUGGCUGGAUGGCUGCUAAUCAAGUCGAGAGUACGAUCAAUAUCUAUCGGAAAUCGUGGGAUGGCCCAGGAGUUUGGUAUAACAAGGAUCAGGGGGAACUUAAUGUCGCAGCACCCUAA